AUGGAGGCCAACCAGAAGAGAGAGGAAACCGCAGAAGGAGAAAUGAGCUCGAAGGCGAAGCAGGAAGAUGGGCAUGUGAAGUACAGAGGCUGGAAAGCCAUGCCCUACGUCGUCGGUAAGCCUUGGCCAUCGUCUUCAUCAUCAUCAUCUUCUUCAUCGUCGUCUUCUUCACAUUCUUCGUGUUGUUCUUGCAGGGAACGAGACUUUUGAGAAGCUGGGCACCAUUGGAACCUCGUCGAACCUCCUGGUCUACCUGACCACCGUCUUCCACAUCAAGGGAGUCCAAGCCACCACCCUCAUCAAUGUCUGGAACGGCAGCACCAACAUCGCCACCAUCGCCGGCGCCUUCCUCUCCGACGCCUAUUUCGGCCGCUACGCCACCCUCGGCUUCUCCUCCGUCGCCUCCUUCCUGGUACCACCCCCCAAAAUCCACCUCCAUCUCCCAUGCAAAAUCCCCAGUAGAUAAUCAAAGCUCCAACCUUCGUGGUUCUUCCCAGGGCAUGACGGUGCUGACCCUCACGGCCGCCGUGGGGACCCUCCAUCCCCCGCGCUGCGGCGGCCCCGACGGUCCCUGCCGGGGGCCGACGCCAUGGCAGCUGGCCUUCCUCCUCUCCGGGAUGGGGCUCAUGGUGGUCGGCGCCGGAGGGAUCCGCCCCUGCAACCUGGCCUUUGGGGUGGACCAGUUCAACCCACGGACGGUGGCGGGGAAGAGGGGUAUCAACAGCUUCUUCAACCUCUACUACGUGACCUUCACGGCCUCUGUCAUGAUCUCCGUCACCAUCAUCGUUUACGUGCAGAGCAGCAUCAGCUGGGCGGUGGGGCUGGCCAUCCCCGCUUUCCUCAUGCUGCUCUCCUGCAUCUUCUUCUUCUCCGGGUCCUCAAUCUACGUGAAGGUCUCACCGGAGGGGAGCCCCUUCGCCGGGAUAGCGCGGGUGGCGGUGGCCGCCGUCAGGAAGCGCCGCGUGGAGCUUCCCUCCGACGGCGGCUCCUCCUCCGCCGCCGCCUUCUUCAACCCGCCGGCCGCCGCCGCCUCGAUCAACACCAGGCUCCCACGCACCGACCAGUUCAGGUGAUCCCCUCGUCUUCCUCCUCCUUCCUACCUUUCUACUUAUCUGGGUUUUGCCGAAUUGUACUUUCGCACCACACUCCAGAGAGAUCCCUCGAUCUGAUUGCCACGUGCCAGAUCUUGUUCCAUCAUUGUCGGAACCAGAUCUGAUCAACCCGGCGGCAACUUUUUAGCCAAUCACAAGGGAACACUUGUCUAGCUUCCGUUCACUCAUCAAACCGACCACCGUCGAGUGAUGUGGAUGCGUUCCCAGCCUUCUUCUUCAUUAAUGCAUCAAGCAUUAUAGGAGAAAGUACAUGGAAAAUUUAUUUGCUAUAUUGAAAGUGACAAUUAACUCAUGCACUUGGUAGAAGGUUUUCACUGAAUCUAGUAAAGUAAAUGAUUCCGGAGAUAAUUUACGCUCAGCAUUGUACUCUGUCUUGAAAUUGAUCAUGGGCUCAUUUUUUCUUUUGAGCAAAUAUUGAUUGAAUCUAGUAAUUCCGGGAAGUUCCUCACACUAAUUUAUGUUCAUAUUUAUUUUACUACGAUCAUAGAGGAAACUACAUGACAAAAAAGAUCUACUUUGUGUUGAGAUCUGAUCAUUGGCACAUAUCUUGUCCAGAAAAUUGAUUCAACCAUGUAUAGUUAAUUAGAUUCGCAUGGUAAUUUAUGAUCACAGUUAUUUUCUAGAAAUUAUGGGUGUAGACAUGUUAAAUUAUUGUGUGUCUCAAUUGAUAAUGGGCACCAUUACUUUAGAACAAAAUAUUGGUUUAAUCGAUCCAUAAUGUUAUUUUUUUCAUGGUAAUUGAUUAUAGCCACCUUGAUAGAGAUAAUUAACUGAAAUCGACUACAUAUUCUCUGCUAAUUUUAAAACAUAUUUAGUUCAAAAUUAUCAUUUAUGAAUUUAUAUCAUUCUCUCACAAUCCCCAGAAAGUUGUGUGAUGAACGCAUUAGUUGACCGUGAGUGCCACCUUGGCAAAGGUAAUCAGCUUAAAUAGUUAGGUACAAUCCACUUUAUCAGAUAAUUAUCUCCAAAUGAUUUUUAAUGAGCUGCAAUUUUCCCCACAGCUUAUCUAUGAAGAAUUCAGCAUUUAAAUUAAUUCAAAGUUGCUUCCGCAUGCUUGCAAUUUGAUCCACUUCAUCUUUCAUUUUUCAUAUUUCCCACAUGAGAUAAGUUAAUUCAAGUGUAUUCUUGAUUUGUCACUAUUUCUCAUUGUCCAAAAUUUAUUGAUUAAUUAUUACUCAAAUUGGUAAUUCAUACUGGCCACUCGAUGUGUUGAUUUUUUAGGCAAACAAAAUAGUAAUGAGUAAUAUUUGGCAGGAAACAAUUAAAAAUUAUUAUUUAGAAGUAUAUUUCCAACACCAUGAUUUUCUAUGAUUAACGAAGAUAUAAUUUCCAUGAUUAACUUGGGUUUGGGCACCAUUUGGGAAUCCUCGGUUGCACCAGGUUUCUCGACAAGGCGGCCGUCAAAACUUCCGAGGACGAGGUUGACCCAGAGGGGUCGUCUCCGGUUGACCCAUGGCGGCUGUGCAGCCUCCAGCAGGUGGAGGAGGUCAAAUGCCUCAUAAGGAUAAUCCCCAUCUUGUGGGCCGGCACAGUCUUCUUCCUCGGCAUCACCCAGCAGUCGACCUUCGCCACUCUCCAGGGCCUCCAGACUGACCGCCGCCUCCGGGGCACCACCUUCGUCAUCCCUGCGGCCUCCUUCAUCGUCUUCUCCAUGCUAGCCACCACCCUCUGGCUGCCCUUCUACGACCGGGUGGCGGUCCCCUGGUUGCGCCGUCGCACGGGGAGAGAGGAAGGGCUGUCGCUCCUCCAGAGGAUCGGCACAGGGCUCGUCCUCUCCGUCGUCUCCACCGUAACCGCCGCCGUGGUGGAGCGGCGCCGCCGGGGGGCAAGCGCAGCGGUGCCCAUGCAGGGUCUCUGGCUGGUGCCACAGCAGGCAAUCUCCGGGCUCUCCGAGGCCUUCGCCUCCAUCGGGCAGGUGGAGUUCUACUACAAGCAGUUCCCGGAGAACAUGCGGAGCGUCGCCGGGUCAUUCCUCUUCCUGGCCAUGGCGGUGGGGAGCUACCUCAGCGGGUUCCUCGUAACGGUGGUUCACCGGGUCACCGGCGACGGAGUCGGCGGCUGGCUGACGGAGGACCUCAACCGCGGGCAUCUCGACCGCUUCUACUUGUUGAUCGCCGGGUUGGAGGUGAUCAACUUCCUCUACUUCCUCGCCAUCUCUAGAUGGUACAGGUACAAAGGCUCGGCUGCCUCCAUGGAGGAGGAGGUUGAGCUGCCUUCAACGAGUAGAUGA